GUGAAUUUAAAAUUAUUUGUUUUUUAUUAUAAAAAUGAAAACAAUAAAAAUGCUGUGACAAAUUUUAAACGAAAAAACUUAACACAGUUUUUUUAUAACUACAAGAAAGGCAGCCUAGUAAAGUAAUAAAGAUAACUUUAAAUGUCAAAUUUAAAAGAAAAAGUUUAACCUUAAAAUCACAAAACUACAACAACUUAAAACAUUACAACUAAUCGUCACCUUUAACCUUUUCAUCUCCAAUCAGCCAGUGAGUGAAGUGUCCCAAUACAAGCCAAUCAAAAUCAGCAACUAAAUCAAAGUACAACAUAAUUUGACUAAAACGAACGCCACCGACGCACAGAAGCUCUGACGCUCCGACGCCGUUUUAUGAAAAAUCUUCACAAAUGUCAUUAUUACGUCAGUUUUUUGGUACAUCAUCAAAUUCCUGGGUACGUGCCCUUAUCAUAUUCUGCUUAGCAUGGGCACUUCUAGUGUAUGUCUUUGUGACCAAACUAAAUACACCGAAUACAUUGGAACCUGAUGUCUCCUCGAAGCGUAUCAAUCAAGCGCUACAGAUGCUGGAGGCAUCGAAGCAACGUAAUGCGGAAUUACAACAAAUGAUUGAUACAUUGUUGAACGACCAUGUUGACAAACAGUCAGCCCUCAAACUCAUACAAAAACUCGAGUAUAAUAUACAAAAUCCCUUAGGAGGGGAGAACAAAGUCGAAUCUCCAUUACCCUAUGGCAGUGCCUCAAAUGAACCCACAAUCGAAUAUGAACUUUUGCGUCGGCGUAUACAAAACAAUAUAGGCGAAAUAUGGAAUUAUUUCAGCAAUGAAUUGGGUAAAAUACGCAAACAGGUGACCCGAGAACCGGGCACUGAUAUGACUGAAGAAAUCAAUCGUGUACUCAUAAUGGGAGCCGAACACAAACGUUCACUGCUGAGCGAUAUGGACCGUUUAAGGCAGCUAGAUGGUUAUGAGGCCUGGCGCCACAAAGAGGCUAAAGAUUUAAGUGAUUUAGUGCAAAGGCGAAUACACCAUUUACAAAAUCCUCCAGAUUGUGCGAAGGCUCGCAAGCUGGUGUGUAAAUUGAAUAAGGGUUGCGGUUAUGGCUGUCAAUUACAUCAUGCGGUCUAUUGUUUCAUAGUGGCCUAUGCCACCGAAAGGACUUUGAUUUUAAAAUCUAGAGGUUGGCGUUAUCAUAAGGGUGGAUGGGAAGAGGUUUUUCAACCUGUUUCUGAUUCCUGUUUUGAGCUAGAUGGUGCUCAUGCCAAUAACUGGCCGGGACGCCCAGAGACACAAGUAUUAGUAUUGCCAAUUAUAGAUUCUCUAAUGCCAAGACCACCCUAUUUGCCUUUGGCCAUACCAGAAGAUUUGGCGCCUACUAAACGUUUACACGGUGAUCCCAUAGUAUGGUGGGUGGGACAAUUUCUAAAGUAUUUAUUAAGACCGCAACAGGGCACUAAAGAGUUCUUAGAAUCGGGCAUGGCUAAAUUGGGCUGGAAGAAACCAAUAGUGGGGGUCCACGUUCGGCGCACAGAUAAAGUCGGUACCGAGGCUGCUUUCCAUAGUAUAGAAGAAUAUAUGACACAUGUCGAAGAUUACUUUUUGACACAAGAAAUCAAUGGUACCACCGUACCAAGACGCAUAUUUUUGGCCUCCGAUGAUGCUCGUGUCAUAGAGGAAGCACGCAAAAAAUAUCCUCAUUACGAAAUCAUUGGUGAUGCUGAGGUGGCACGCAUGGCCGCUGUUUCAACACGCUAUACAGACACUGCCUUAAAUGGCAUCAUUUUGGACAUACAUUUACUAUCUUUAUCUGACCAUUUAGUUUGUACCUUUAGCUCACAAGUCUGCCGUGUUGCAUAUGAAAUUAUGCAAACUUUGUAUCCAGAUGCUGCGCCGUUUAAAUCGCUGGACGAUAUUUACUAUUAUGGCGGACAAAAUCCACACAAUCGCCUGGUGGUCAUACCACACAAGGCGCGCAAUCAUGAUGAAAUGCAUAUGCAGCCGGGUGAUUUGGUGGGGGUUGCUGGCAACCAUUGGGAUGGUUUUUCAAAGGGUAAAAAUACCCGCACCAAUCAAGCGGGUCUAUUCCCCUCCUUUAAGGUGGUGGACAAAGUGGAAACGGCUAAACUGCCCUCCUAUCCAAAUGUGUAGAAUGUAUAGCUGCUAUUUUAUGUUCUAGGUUUCUUUUAAAACAAUUUUAGCUUAAAAAUUUUUGGAAAUAUUUUUUCAUAAUUUUUUUUUUCUUAAUGAAAUGAUAUUUUAAGAAAAUUUUUGUUUUUUGAAAAUUUUU